CGCGAUGGUGUAUUUUGGGACGAAGAACCCCGCAAAAAACAGGGCAUGAUGAGACCAUGGACUAAGAAACCGAUCCGUGCCUCGCAGACAUCGCGUUUAUUUACUCCGUUUGCCACGAACAAUACGGAUGACAUAAAAUACAAUACCAUUCCCAUGCGGUACAGACUAAGGAAAAGAAUACGGAAUGAGGAAGAAAAAAGUGAUCGCGUUAGUCGUACACGACAAAAGUCUACAAAAAUCCCUUACGGAGGUCAUCUCGUCCCUAUCAGCAGCAGGUCGCAAUCCGAAAGCCAAGAAGAGUCAAUUUACGAGGACAUUCUAACACAAGAAAAGCAAGCAUUAGCUUCACGUAACGACACCUCAUCAGAUGAGGUGAACGGUGAUUUGUGGAGGGACCGAGCUGCGUUUAGACCACUACCGCUCCCUCGUAGAUAUUCUACAUCCACAGAUCCGUUCAAUCCGAGUCAAAAAAGGAGAGGUUUGGGAAACCUGCUAAAAUCCACACGUACAACUACAAUUCCAACAACCAUGAGUACGGCAAAACUUGUCGCUCCUACUUCCACAACCACAGAUAACCCACUUAUUGGUCCAAUAGUUGAAACUCCGUUAACCAGCAAUGAAUCUCCCCACGCUAAAAUUGAGAAGGAUGAACUGAAGCAGAUCGUCGACAGCAGAUUCGAGACAUUGGUGGAAUUUGAGAAUGUAGCUCCACCACCUCCAAUAUUCCCAGUACCCGAAAUGGAGCACAACAUUGAUGAGAGAGUUACACCGCAGCCAGGUCCAAAAUCUGAAAUUGAUGUAAACAUCGAUGACAGCGAGUUCGGUCCUUCAUUCUCUACAAUACCGUUGCCUUCACUAGACACGUCUUCCGCCACCGUUCCCACUAAAUGGACCACUACUACUCGUACUGUGCCUCCUACUCUCGUUAUUGAACCAAAAUCAGCGCGGCAGAGAUCUCAUGAAGAGCAAAUGACUAUGACACUAAUCCCAACAAUGACACCCGUGGAGUGGACGCCGCCACCAUUUGAUGCGAUUGUGGAUAUGAAUUCGGCAACUAAAGCAACAAUCAUGCAUCGUAUUCUAGUACUGGACAGUUCGGAGAGCGCAGAGGCUAGUGGAGAUGGUGAUGCUUUUGAGUUUAUCGAUCCACCACCAGCUGAAGCAAAAUGGUUCAAAAACACCAUCGAUCGAAAGCGAGCUUUUGGCAUUAAGCUCUUGCAAAGCAAACCAGUCAAACUGCCAGCCGAUGAUGUGCUGACUGAGGUCGAAAAUCAGGAUGAGGCCAUUCCUUUAAAUGACAGCGUCAGUUCAACUACGGAUGCAAAGAGCUCCGAAACGGAGUCGGUGGAAUUGUUGACAGAUGACGCGCAAUCCAGUGGUGAGCCUGCAACGGAUGCUUUCUCUGUGCUAAAAAUACCAGAAGCAACACUUCGGCUCUCCCACUGUGAAGUUUAUUCGAUAUGCUUGGACGAGAUGGAUAGGCAAGAGGCUGAAUGCGAAGAGGACGACAGAAAAGCUGGUAGAAUCUUUCCUAAACAGUUCAGAAAAAGAAGAAACUUUUGCGAUCGAAGGCUGCUGCCUGAAUAUGAGGCUAUUGACAAUGAAACAAAGCAGCUGGAGAGAAAUUAUGGCGAUUGUAUCAAAAAUCGUCUAGGGCGAAAGAUAACUGAGGUUGAACCAACAAAAUGCACUGCUCAUUCGCUUCCUUCAACUUUGAGCUCUGAGCCCUGUCACAGCAAG